AUGCCAAAUUUUCUAAACCAUAAUGAAAAUCAGAUACAUCCUGAAGUUGAAAAAAUUGAAGGUGAUUUUACUAUUUUAAAGUAUGUAUGUUCACAACCGAAAUUUGAUUUUCAACCUUUACCAUUGGAAUCAUUAAAAAAAUUAAAACAUUGUUUAAAAGCAAGCAAUCUAUCAAAUUAUUGUGGUGACCGAAGAUUUAAGUUAAUAUCAGUCCCUGAUAUAUUACCAGAUGAGUUAAUUGAAAAAUGUGGAAUGCAUACUAAAGGUGAACGUACUCAAGUUUAUAACUUAAAUCCUCAUUAUUAUGGCAAUACAUGUCGGUGCUAUAGAGCUGAAGUAUCAAACAUUUCUGAAGAAAAAGGAGUUUAUCGUGUACAUCAAUUUACUAAAGUAGAAAUGUUUGGAGUAUGUUUACCAGAGGACUCAGAAAAAAUGACAUUAUAUUUUAGAAGUAUUCAAGAAGAGUUGUAUUCUUUACUAGGUUUACAUUACCGUGUAUUAGAUAUGGCUAAACAUGAAUUAGGGGCUCAAGCUUAUCGUAAAUAUGAUAUUGAAGCUUGGAUGCCUGGACGUAAAAAAUAUGGAGAAAUUUCCAGUUGUAGUAAUUGUUCUGAUUAUCAAGCUAAAAGAUUAAAUAUUCAUUCCAAUGGUAAUUGUCUUCAUACUGUCAAUGGUACUGCUUGUGCUAUUCCACGUUUGAUUAUCGCAUUGGCAGAAACACAUCAAACUGUUGAUGGAUCGAUAAAUAUUCCUAAUGUACUAAGUCAUUAUAUUACUGGAAAAAGCUUAUUUCAAAAUCUUAGUAGUUUUCCCAAACUUACUCCUGUUCAAGCUCAUAGAUAUGAAUAA